AUUACUGUGUCUGCCACUUGCGAAUCAACCAAUAACGACGUGUUGGGUUGCAAAUCGCCGUUUUACUUACCAUCCUCCCUCCAUCCAAGCCUCACAUGUUAAUAAACCCGACGACAUAACAUACUCCUUAUAACCACACCACUACAUUUCAACUAAGUUUGCGACGCGAAUUGACUAUACGGGCGACUCGAUAUAAACAACAAGCGACGACGUCAAUCAGGUUUCUCCUAUUCUAACUCAUAUCCCCUGACCAAAAUCAACAAAAGUCAACAUGGGGGGUCAACUCUCCAAGAUGAUGGGCAAGAUCUUCGGAUCGAAAGAAAUGCGAUUGUUGAUGUUGGGUCUUGAUGCUGCCGGAAAGACUACUAUCCUCUACAAGCUUAAGCUCGGUCAAGAUGUAACUACUAUUCCUACCGUCGGCUUCAACGUCGAGACAGUUACCUACAAGAAUGUCAAGUUCAACGUAUGGGAUGUUGGUGGUCAAGACAAGAUUCGUCCCUUAUGGAGACAUUACUUCAGCGGAACCCAAGGUUUAAUCUUCGUCAUCGACUCUUCCGACCGCGCUCGAAUGGAUGAGGCGAGACAAGAACUACACCGAAUUAUCAACGACAGAGAAAUGAAGGAUAGUUUACUUCUAGUAUUUGCCAACAAGCAGGAUAUCACCGAUGCUCUAAAACCCCAAGAAGUAACCGAGGCGCUGCAGUUGUCGAAGUUGAAGGAUAAGAUCUGGUAUGUGGUACCUAGUUGUGCUACAACGGGUGAGGGUUUAUUGGAGGGUCUGGCGUGGCUUUCGAACAAUGUCAAGGCUCCUCCUACACCAGCCAAGAAAUAGGGCUUCUGAGUUGUUGUUUCCUUUGAUACCCUUGCUUUGUUUUUGAUCUAGAACAAUACCCUCUCUAUACGCCACCGAGGAGAAUGGAUGGCAACGGC